AUUGCGCAGUCGGAACUGUUGGUCUGGCCUGCCUUAAAUUGCCCAGAUGCUCUUAAUAACAAUAAUAAUAUUAAUAUCAUGGCUGGUUGGUGUGAUUCUGUGGACUGACCACACCUCGAUAACUACAACCCUCACUGUGAUAUAAAUACUGUACUUGAACCAAGCAAACAUGAUGGUCUUCUGUGUUGUUUGGGUAUUACAGCAGCUCACAUGAGGCAGGCCGGCUCGCAGAUGUCAGAGCGCAUCGAUAAGUUCCCAGCGUGUUGUUGCAGCGUCAUCCUGUUUGAAUGAAGUUCAGACCGACAACUAGCCAACUCUUCAUUCGCGCCCCGGUGGAUCCAAACAGGAAAAACAAAGAGUUAAAGGAACAACGGGUCGCCAAAUAUGCCGGUGUUUACAGGUAUGGCAUUAUUAUUUUCGUGGUUAUCAUUUACCACUGAAAAAAACACCGACAUAUUAAUCCACGCACGUGUUUAGUGCUGUAACGUAAAUUUAGCAUAGCUUUAGCAUGCUACGCUGUUAGCGUGCUAACGGUUCAAGGCAGACUGUCAACAUUGUUAGGCCACUGUUGUAAAUAUCACACAUAUCAUUACUCGAAACAGAAGAUAAGUCAUAGAUGCUCCACUGUUUACUGUUUAAUCCCUUGUAAUGGCUUAUUACUGUCUGUGUGAAAGAGUUUCACACUCUCUGUUAGCAUUGGUAGCUUUGCUUGCUACGAUAGCCAAGUCAUGAUUCAACACUUAACAUGCUUCUUGUUGCAUUUACUUCAUUUAAAAGACAAUUAAAGCGAAUGACACCAGGGUUUAUCUUUAUAUCAUGGCAGUAUCUUCAGUGUUUUGCUAUUUAAAGAAGGUAAAACCAAACUGCAUGUUAGCUGCUGCUGCUUUUUCCUGUAGCAGUAUGGUCAGGUGGACUCUACCUGUCUGAGUCCUUAGGGCUCCCUAUACUGUUGCUAAGUAGAUGGUGCUGUGUCAUACACAAACUGAUAGGGCUUCUUUCUGCUUAUUUGUAAAGGCUCACCUCCCUUUAUUGAUCUUGUUUCUUUCAGUAAAUGUGAAAUGGGGCAAAGAGAAGUUUGAUGCAGUCGAGCUGAACACCGAGGAGCCACCCAUGGUGUUCAAGGCUCAGCUCUUUGCCCUGACAGGAGUUCAGCCCGACAGACAGAAGGUCAUGGUGAAGGGGGGCACACUGAAGGUACGAAUAUAAACAAAAACCAAGCAUCUGGUUCUGCUAGUUUAGACUGUCUCCUUGGCAACAAAUUGGGUGAAAAAGCCCAAAUAAGCACUUUUUGGUGUCUGCCAAGGAAAUGCUGCAGUGACAUUUUACGGUAUUGACUUUACAGUCUCUUUAAAGGCUAUAAACCAAAUAUAUGUAAUUUUUUUAAACUUAACUUUUUUAUUUAUCAAUCAAAUCAUUUAUAACGCCAGUUCACAACAGUCGUCAUCCCAAGACACUUUCCAAAGGUUUAGACCAUGCGUAUUGUUUGAUGAAUUAUCAAGACCCAACCUAAGAUGGGUUUUGGCCCAUCUCAUCUAACAUGAGUGACAGUGGCAAGGAAAAACUUCCUUUUAACAGGCAGAAACCUUGAGCAGGACCAGACUCAAGAGAGAGAGAGAGGAGAGCGAGAGGACAGGGGGAGAGAAACAGAACAAGAUAGAUGGAAGGAGAGAGAGAAUGAGUAAGAGAGAGAGAAAGAGAGUUAGGGGACAGCAGCAACAUUAAAACAACAACAACAGCUCAUGUAAUGGUAAAACAAAAUGAAUUCAUUUUACAGGAUCAGGAUAUGAGUAAUUAUGGACAAUGUUAAAUUAAUUUAAUGUGAUUACAGUCAGCAGGCCUAAUAGUAGUUAACUUUAGUUUGAUGUUAUUAAUGUCAGUGAGGCUGAUGUUCAUGUCUGCUGCAACAGUCCGGAGGAACCUAAGAGAAGAAGGAGCUCAGGGCCUGAGGCGGACAAGCAAACAGUCUGUAGCCGUAAAAUGCCCAGGUCUGGUCCAGAGGGAAAAUUGGACAGUUCUAUUGUGUAUGGACUCCAUUUCUUGAUUAUGUGGGGCCAAAGAUAUACAGUAUAUUUUGAGGACUCUUCCAAAACCAGGACAAGACGGCUAGUGAACUGGGAGACUCUUUUAUCUGUUUUGCUACUAUCAUGAUGUGUAUGUGUGUGUAAGGUUUCAACAUUCGGAUACUGUACAUGUUUAUGCAGGACUGUGCUGUGAUCAAGUUGGAAUUUGUUUUUGUUUUGGGGAUUGGGUGCUAAUGAAAAAAAAUGUAUGCACUGUUUGAUAAAAAUGUGGUGCUUAUAAUGUUCAAUAAAAUAUACAUAUAUUUCAAUAAAAUACAUGUGGGGUCUAUCAGGAAACUAAUAUUGGUUUAAGAAGCUAACUGUUGUCUUGUCCUGUUCCUAGGAUGAUGAGUGGGGGAACAUCAAACUGAAAAAUGUGAGUAUUUAAGCUCAGUUUUUAUUCAUCUAAAAGCCUUUUUUAGUACACAGAGCUGUUUUACCAAAAGCCUUUUACCAAAUAAAUUGGUGGACUUGAACACGUUUCUAAAUCUUCCACAGGGAAUGACUCUGCUGAUGGUUGGCUCAGCUGAUGCCCUGCCUGAGGAGCCUGCUGUUCGGCCCAUGUUUGUGGAGGACAUGACUGAGGAGCAGUUGGCCUCAGCGGUGAGUCAGCCAGAUAAUUACCAGUACACUUUAAAAAAAAAAAGCAGAUUACUGUUUUCUGCACUGACACGGCUAGUUAAACUGGUCUCCUCAGUUUGAAUGUUACUAAAUAGAGAAUGCUCGACACCUGAUAUUGCAAGAUCAGCCUCUGAAAAUGAAAGGUUAUGUCAGGUCAGCAUUUUUUGGGAGCUGAGAGUCAUAUCCCUUUACUUAUGCAAGCUGAGAUGUUUCAUUGACUUUAUGUCCAAGUUUUAACCACAUUUCUGCUGAUGAGUGUUGAAAUGUGCCACCAAGAUUUGAUAUAUGCAAACAAAAAACUGCUGAGUCACCUGAUAGUAUGCAGCUGUUCUUAUUUUUUCAUCUCAGCCAGUGACUGGCAGAAGCCCACAGAAAGAGUCCUGUUUCAACGGGAAAGGGAGCAGAUCAUUUUAUUUUCUGCAGUGAUGCCAGCUCUUCUUUGAAAUCUGCCAAAUAUAAUAGUUUUCUGUGUCACAGCAGGAUGGCUCGCCGUAGCUAGAAGCUCUAGGGUAUCGAUAAAUUCAGGACAAAACAGAAAUUGUAUCAAAGCCGAUAAAAAAUUAAAGUCAGGCUGUGCAAAAUCGGCAAACAUGCCCAACAUGACAGCAGUAAAAGAGUAAAAGAGGAGUUUCGAUUUUAUUUAACACGAAAAUCCCAUAUUUUGACAUUUUCAGAUGGAGCUGCCUUGUGGGCUGACAAACCUGGGCAACACCUGUUACAUGAACGCCACAGUGCAGUGUCUGCGCUCUGUGCCUGAGCUCAAAACUGCACUCAGAAGGUGAGUUUGUUUCAGAGGUUUAACACGCCCUGAGUCGAAGCUUGUUACAUUUUUAAGCGGUGCUACCUAAAACCAUCGACUCGUCCUUCAUUAAAGAACUGUGUUUUACCUGGGUUUCUUUUUUUUUCGUCUCUCCUCCUUUUAGGUAUUCAGGUGCUCUGCGAUCAUCUGGGGCGAAUGCACCCUCACAGUACAUCACAGCAGGUACGAAGCAUCAUUGUUAGUUUGAAGUUGGGAAAUACCUCCAAACAAGCAUGCAUCUCAAAUCUGGAAAAACCCCACCCCAGAUUAAUAUGUAUCUGUCUGUUCAUGCAAACUCAGCCCUUAGGGACUUGUAUGAGACCAUGGACAAGACCUCAUCCAGCCUCCCGCCCAUCAUUCUGCUGCAGUUCCUCCACAUGGCCUUUCCACAGUUUGCAGAGAAGGGAGACCAGGGACAGUACCUCCAGCAGGUGAGUGACCGUCACUGAAAUUCAGCCAUGCACUGACCAAAACCAUUAGAGAAAGCACUGUAAAAAAAAAUAAAAAAUUAAGUGUUAAAGUGUUCUCUGCGCCCCCAGGAUGCCAAUGAGUGCUGGCUGCAGAUGAUGAGAGUACUCCAGCAAAAGUUGGAGCCACUAGAGCCGGAGACUCCCAUGGAGGUAAACCUUUGUGCAUGUGGUGUUUUGAUCUGUUAUCGAUGAGUUAGUCCUGCACAAAAGAAACGCUCUGAUUUUGCCUUUUCUCUUGAACUCUACAGACCGACUCUGAGAGUGGAGCAGCCUCUGCCUCUACAAAGAAGAACCUCAUCGACCAGUAUUUUGGUGUAGAAUUUGAAACUUCGUAUCCUUUUCCGCAGCUUACCUACUUUCUUUUCAGUACGGUUUGAGUGAAAGACAUUGUUGGAGAAGACUGACUGAAGGUCCUCCCUGUUGAGUUGUUUCUCUGUGAGGCUUUUUCUUAACUCUGCUGUUCAGUAUGAAAUGUACAGAGAGUGAGGAGGAAGAGCCAAUCAAGGGCAAGGAGAGCCAACUCCAGCUCAGUUGCUUCAUCAACCAAGAAGUCAAAUACCUUGCAACAGGACUAAGGCUGGUAUGCAUCAGACGUGUUUGAUAUAAUUUUCUUUUGACUCAGUGAGAUCCUACUGUGUCUGACAACACCAGCACUCAUGUAAAACUUGGAAGUAAACUUGUGCCUCUUUUUAUCACUUCAGAGACUGCAGGAAGAAAUCACAAAAAUGUCUACAACCUUGGAAAGAAACGCCCUGUAUAUAAAAUCUGUAAGUCUUCUCUACUUUUCCUCAGCUAGUCUUUAGUCAUUCUUUCAAACUCGGACACAAACACGUUUUCUCUGUUAACCCUCCAGUCAAAACUCAGCCGUCUGCCUGCGUACUUGACUGUUCAAAUGGUCCGAUUUUUCUACAAAGAGAAGGAGUCAGUCAACGCAAAAGUCCUCAAGGUUCGUCCUGAACCGGAACAACCUCUCAUAUUAACUGGAACCUCAUGUUUUGCUUCCAUGUCUAAAAUGUGCCCUGUUUUUGUCUUUUUUUAAGGAUGUCAAGUUCCCGCUCAUGCUGGACGUCUACGAGCUGUGCACUGCAGAGAUCCAGGAGAAGAUGCUGCCUAUCAGGUCAAAGUUCAAGGAAGUUGAGGACAAAAAGCUAGAGAAACAGCAGCAGAAGGUAAGAGUGAGCUGUAGUUUCUCAUCUACAGGGCUUUAACCUUCCUCCUGUGUUAGCUUUUACUACGCAUCCACCAUGUUAAAGUUGGUAACAGUUGGUCGGUUUUGACCUGUGUCUAAAAUCAGCUGUAAAUUACACUAAAAGCAAUUCUCUAUCAUCAAGUUUGGUUCUCAUCUCUAGUUUACCUUGUUAGGCUUCAUUAUCCAGGAAAAUAUUGCUUAUAAUAGUUUUUGUUGUGGUCCUCUGGGCCUUUAUUUGUCAGUAUAGCCCUCAUACAGACCUCUAUACUGAAUUGAUCUCACAUGUCUGGACAAGCUCAACAAUGUUUUUUGUGCAGGAAAAAACAUUGAAAAAUGAGAAUUUCCUAAAUCUCACAUGAUUGGAAGAGGAUCUGACUGUCUGUGCGGUGCCUGACAGUAAACUUAUGAUUUCAGUUUUUGCUCUAAUUAUUAGAUAUUGAUCUAAUCAGGUCAACAGUGACCCUAACACGACAAGUGCCAUCAUUUUAAUAAGAGCAUUUUAUAAUUAAGUCAAUUUAAUUUUUUCAUUUUUAUUUUGUUGAAAUGGAGAUUCCUGAAAAAGACAAAAAGUCUUGAUGCAAAAAAGCUAAUUUAAGUGGUUCUUUUAGGCAUUUAAACUCAAAAACAGGUCGGUGCAGACGCUAACACAGGAGGAGGGUUAAAGACCCACUCUGAUGAGAAUCGUGUUUUUCUUGUUUUUUUAUAUGUCCAUAUGGCGUUUUUCUGAUGCUACAGGACAUAUCACGAGAAAACUUAAUGUGAAAUUGCUUUUCUGAGUAUUUCUUCAUUCAAAUCGCUGUCAAUCUUUGACAGACCCAAACGGCAGGUUCAGAAACAGUGAGAUUUCAUAUGUAACCAAUCCAAGCUCCACCCCUGGAGAACCACUAUGCAGGCCACACUCAGCAUAUAGAGGAGAAAUACAGAGGACAGUCUCGCAACAAGCGUGUGCUUUAGAGGAUUGCAAUGCUUGUAAGAAAGCUAAUUAUGAUAAAAUACAGUAAUUUUUGUUGAGAAGUUCAGUUUAGAUAAGUUAGUUGACUCAAAAUAGAGCCUAACACCGUGAUUGUCGUCUGCUCAGUUGUUAAGAGGUUCCUGUUGUGCUGUGUGCACCAGAUGUAUUGAGAGAAAAACUCACUUAUGAGAGACUUGAAAAGCUAUUCUCCUGCAGACUCCUUUUUAUAUUAGCAUGAAUUUUAAUGUUUGUUUAGCUUAGCAGAAGAGGCAGGACUUCAGUACACAGGAGAGUGUUUUGCUUUAAUAUGGGAGUAGGUGGACAUGUAUUGUCCAUCUUCAAAUACACUCAGUAAUUGAUACCUGCAUGCCACAGUUACUCUUAAUGUCUGUGUUGCAGCUAAAAGCUUUUUUUUCCUAUUGCAGCAGAUGGUGAAGAAGCCAGACGCAGCAAAAGAAGUGAAAUAUGAGCCCUUCUCAUUUCCUGACGGUAUGUUUUAACAUGGCUUUGUGCACAUCUCUCUCUUUGAAAAGUGCAAGGGUUUCAAGCGCUUUAUGUGAUGCUUAUGAAUCUCAAUACUGAACUAAAUGUAAUCAAACAUGUAAUAAUAAGAUACAAUGAAAAUGCAAACUCAUAAGGAGAAAAAGAACACAAUGUUAAAAGUUUUAUAAGGUCCAACUUCAGUCCAGUUCGAUCAGGAUUGGACUUUCCUGUUAAGUGAUUUAAAGUUGUGUUCCUGUCACUCCUUCAGACUUGGGCUCCAACAACAGCGGCUACUAUGACCUGCAGGCUGUGCUGACACACCAAGGCCGCUCCAGCUCCUCAGGUCACUACGUGGGAUGGGUCAAGAGGAAAGAAGGUAACGGCAGUUUCUCAAGCAGUCGCAAACUUGUGUCAUAAAUCAACCAAAAUCUUGCAGGAACCCGAUGCCGAGUGCACACAGAUGUUCAGGAACUGAUAGUUUCUUCUCUUUCCUCUGCUCUCGGCCUCGCUCAGAUGAAUGGAUCAAGUUCGACGAUGACAAGGUGAGCGUGGUGUCUCCAGAGGAUAUCCUGCGACUGUCCGGGGGCGGAGACUGGCAUAUAGCGUACGUUCUACUGUACGGACCCCGCAGACUGGAAAUACUUGAAGAGGAUCAGUAGCUGUGGAAGAACCUCCCGGAAGACAAACACAACAUCAAACACGUACGAAUUGCCAUUUCCAAGCACUGUCUGCAUAGAUGUGCAAUAAAACUGGUGUCUUUAAAGAUUUGAUGACCUUAAUUUUUUGUUUUCUGUUUUUGUAACCAACACAGAUGCUUGUAAAACAAAUUCUGUCAAAUGGUGUUAAAUAUUCAACCACGGUGGGCUUUGAAAAUGGAGAUAUGACAAGAGGCAAUCUCUGGACUGGAUCCUCAGACGAGGUUUUUAAGUCUAGCUCUGCAGUUUCAUUAAAUGUUUUAUACACAUUGUAUAUUUUUUAAAGCCUUUGAUAAGGUGCUCAUAUCAUUAAAGUUAAGUAUUUCUCUUUAUUCAUUUAAUCAACUUGUAUAAAAAUGCCUAGCCAACUUGUCGUCCUUGACGCUGGCUCGUAUCUUCUCAGAUGUAUAACGGAGAUUCUCACUCGACACUGUAAAGACUCGCCCUUAUUCACCUGUUGGCCCCUUGGGAAGUUCGGGUUCAAUCUCAGGUCUUUUCUUAAGUGCUUGGCUCACAUCAUCUCCUGGAAUUGUUCUCAAAUGGGGUUUCUUUCUGCCAAAUCUUGAUCUUGAAAAUCUGAUGCUUUUUGGGGAAGUGUGCGGGGAACUAUUUCAGAACAGGUUGCACUUGCGGUGAACUGUGCACAGUUAAAUAAAGACCUGAGAUUCGACCGUGAUGAUGGUUUACUCGACAAGCCUUGAAUAUCGUUCCUGCCGACACUGAUUCAGACAUUGACAUCUGUACUUUUAAAAUGCUAUGCUUUGUUUCUCCUCGCCGGCCUCCUGAUCACCCUGCCACCAUGUGUAAGACCUAACAUCACCACUCUGUAAUAAGUUAUUGACUGAUUGCUUUUCAUAGGUGGUGAAAAUAAACUGUUAUACCAAAA